AUGACCGUCAAGCAGAAAUCUCCAACUUACACCUGUUCCUCAGAGAGCCCAUCCCCAGUACCACCGCUCCAUGAUCGUCUGCACAUGGCUGCAGAACAACAUCCACAUUUCACUCCAGAUCGUCCCAUCCUCCCAGGAGAUGGGAAAAAUGACAUGGCUGCAGCGGAGCUGGUGACCUUUGAGGAGGUGGCUGUGUAUUUCACUGAGGAAGAAUGGGCUCUGCUGAACCCAGCUCAGAGAGCCCUCUACAGGGCCAUCAUGCAGGAGAACUAUGAGACUGUGACCUCACUGGGUAAAGGAUUCCUCUCCUCUCAGGUGCAGAGGGCACAGCUGAGUAGGCAGGCGCAGACAACAGCAGCCAUGAGCCAAGCAGCAGGGGACACAAUGCAGAUGAUCGCAUGCGGCAGCUGUGGUAUGUACAUGGUCCUAGCAGCGGUACCUGAACAGAGGUAUGUGUGCAUGAAAUGCCGCCUAAUAGAGCUGCUGGAGGAAAAGAUCAGAGAGUUGGAGAUGCAGGUAGAUAGCCUGAUAGAGUUUAGAAGGGAGUUCGAGCAGCUGAUGAAGCAAAGCACAGGGAGUGCCUCCUGUCUGGAUUCUCUCUCUGUCCCAGAAGGUCAUCGGACGGUGAGUGAGACCGAGGAGGGGAACCCUCAUCAGGAAGGUUCAGAGCAAGUGGAAUCGCUUGGGUCGGUAUUGGCAAAAUCUGAAGGGGAUGUUUCCCAUGGUCAGUGUAGACCAGAAAUAGAGGAGAGAAGCCACCUAGUGGAGGCACGGGGUCAGGAUCCUGGGGACGGUUUUCAGGACCUGAAAGAAAUUAUGAUCGAACCAAAAAUCCAUAUGAGAGAGAGUAAAUACACAUGCACUGAGUGUGGGAGACGCUUUGGGCAGAGCUCAGACCUUAUUGUACACCAGAGAACGCACACGGGAGAGAGCCCCUACAGCUGCCUUGAGUAUGGGCAAAGCUUCAGCCACAACUCCAACCUGCUCCGGCACAGGAGGAGCCACAUGGGGGAGAAACCCUUUAUCUAUCCUGUCUGCGGGUUUCCAGCUUCCAGCCCUGCCCAGACCCAUUUCCUGCAGCACCCCGGGACAGCUUGA